AUGAAAGAUAAUGGAAGCUCUGCGGAUUCAGGAUAUCCUGGACCUUCACCAGUCCCUGUUCCUCCUUAUGGUCCGAAUCUUACUAGGUCAAAAAUUUUCGACAUUUUGUCAUUUGGAGCUAAGGGGGAUGGAGUCUGUGAUGAUUCAGACGCUUUUCAAGCAGCAUGGAAAGCUGCCUGCAAGGUGCCUGGUGCUACGUUAGAAAUCCCAUCGGAGUUUAAGUUCCUCAUCAAGCCCAUAACUCUGCAAGGGCCGUGCAUGCCUCAAUUAGUUCUUCAGAUAGAUGGAAUCCUCUUGGCACCUGCAGAAGUAGGCUCAUGGCCAAUAUCCAGUUUGUUUCAGUGGUUGAACUUCAAAUGGGUCCAAAACUUCACCAUUCAAGGCACUGGAACUGUUGAUGGUCAAGGCCCUCAGUGGUGGACCGUCUCUUCGCUCUAUUACACUCAGAAGAAACUCAAAAACAUUCUAGGUUUGAAACCAACUGCUAUGAGAUUUUAUGCAAGCUAUAAUGUCACAGUUCGAGAUAUCAAAAUCAUAAACAGUCCUCAAUGCCAUUUGAAAUUUGACAACUCCAGGGGGAUCAGAGUCGAUAAUAUAAAGAUUUCUUCUCCCGAAAACAGCCCAAACACCGACGGCAUUCACCUUCAAAAUACACAAGAAGUGGAAAUUCAGCAUUCUGAUAUCGGAUGCGGAGAUGACUGUGUAUCAAUACAAACUGGUUGCUCAAACAUCUACAUUCAUCAUAUCAAUUGUGGCCCCGGUCAUGGUAUAAGUUUAGGAAGUCUUGGGAAAGACAGGAGUGUAGGCUGCAUUUCUGAUAUCGCUGUGGAGAAAAUCUCGGUGCAGAAUACAUUAGCUGGAGUUAGAAUAAAGACAUGGCAGGGGGGUAUUGGAUCCGUCAAGAACGUGUCCUUUUCCAAUAUUCAAGUCUCUAAUGUGAAGUUCCCUAUAAUAAUUGAUCAAUAUUAUUGUGACAAGCAUUUCUGCAAGAAUCAAACUGGAGCAGUGGCGAUAUCUGGAGUUAAAUAUAAUCAGAUAAUUGGAACUUAUUCUGUGCAGCCAAUCUAUCUAGCAUGUAGCGAGGAUAUUCCAUGCACAGAUGUUGAUCUAAUCCAUAUUCAGUUGAAGCCGUCCCGCAGAUAUGGUGGUUCACACCAGGGUUUGUGUUGGAAUUCUUAUGGAAUAUCAAAGGCUCCUUUGGUUCCUUCAAGUAUCGACUAUUGCUUGAGAAGGGAUAGUGGUUCAAUAGUGAAAAGAAUAGCAAGAUUUCUUGAGCACGUGUGUUAGCAUUAGCAUUACCCCAUGGCUAAUUAUUUUAACUUUUUUUUUUCCCCUUUUAUACAAUUGUUAGUGUAUGUGCUUCCCUUCUGCCAUGUUUUUUACUGUGUGAAGGUGAUGGUUGGUCGUAGUAAUUUAAUCAAAGUGAUAUAAUUUAAAUAAUUUUGGGUGUUUUAA